GGCUGUUAAAAAUUCCCCUUGAACUAUUGAGAUUGUUAAAUUUAAGGACUUUUGUCUAAUUACAAUGUUUUAAAAUAAUAGUUGUAUAAAAUUGGUGCUAUGACAAACAAUAAGAUACCAAAAUGAUAUUAAAUUUACAGUAAUAAUUAAAGUUGGAAAGCAAUCCCCCACUAGACAUUAUUAUUAUUAUGUAUUUGUGAUAAUGUUGAUUAAUUCCAUGAUCUGAUUUUCGAGCUUUAUUCCAAUUAACCUUUACAUUUUAUAAACAAAUACUACAAUGCUAGCUAUAUUUCUCUUACUUUAUAUAAUCAAAGUUUCUCUUAUCUUCAUAGCCGUACGUGAAGGCACAUGUAAUGAGGUAUUAUUUUAUUUCUUUAUCUUAAAUUUAUGUAAACCAUGCAGCUAGCACAGUCUACCACAAUUAAAUUAACAUAUAAUUAGAUUAGUGUAAAUUAGCAUUAGUUUACAGUAAUUAAGAAGGUGCACUCAUGUUUUGUUUUACACUGCUAUCCAUAAAACAAAACAAACUCAUAAUAAACUAUGUUUAAUGGACCCCAUGACCUGCUUUUAGAGAAGUAUGUUACUAAUACUAUGUACUCAAAAUUUUAAUGUGAACUCAAGCCAUAUUACUUCUGAUUUUUCUCUUUCUCUCUCUCUCUUUCCUGUAAUCCUUUUUGAGUUUUUGAAGAUCUGAUGGCUGCUGAAGUGGUUGGAGGAGCACUUCUGUCUGCUUUGCUUAAUCCUUUGGUGAAAAAGUUAACUACUGAGGUGAAGGACUUCUUCAAAGGAAAAGAUGCCAUUCUCAAGCUCCUUAAGGAGUUCAAAACUCUGCUGUCCACGGCUGAUCUGCUGCUCAUUGAUGCUGAGGAGAAGCUCAUCAAAGACCCAAGAGUGCGGAAAUGGCUUGAUGAUCUCAAGGAUGCCAUUUAUGAUGCUGAUGACUUGGUUUACAAGAUUGACACUGAAGCAUGGCUGAAUGAACUGGAACUGGAAGAUGGUGGUCCUCAUGAAUCUCAUAGGGGCUGCACUUGUACUAGUAAGGUACUCAUGAAAUUCAUCUCAACUCCUUUAACUUCUUUUGAUAAGGCCAUAAAACCCGAGAUACAAGAUGCACUUGAGAAAUUGAAGGUUCUUCUAGACAACAAAGAUCUUGGUCUGGAACGUGUGAAAAAUCAUAAGCUUCCAGAGAGGGUAUGUGCUCCAUCGCUAGAAGAAUCUGAUAUUUAUGGAAGAGAUCAUGAGAAAGAAGAGAUCAUUAAGUUGCUUACAUCGGAUGAAACAACCGGUGGUGACAAAUUAUCUGUGAUUCCUAUAGUUGGGAUGGGCGGUAUUGGAAAGACUACUCUUGCUCAACUUGUAUACAAGGAUGACAGAGUCAACAAAACGUUUGAUACAAAAGUAUGGAUUACAGUGGGAGAUGAUAAAGUUGACUGCAUGAAAGUGAUGAAACUGAUUGUUGAGAAGGUCACUUUACAAAAAUGUGAAAUUGAGGAGUCGUAUGACCUUCAAGAAGAAGUAAAGAAGGCUCUGAGUGUGAAGAAGUUUCUGUUUGUUGUUGAUGAUGUUUGGGAUGAGGAUCGUGCCAAGUGGGAUGUCUUAAACAAUUGUUUCAAAUCAGGAAAGUCUGGAAGCAAGAUUAUUGUGACAACACGGAGCACAGUUGUUGCAUCGAUUAUGAAAACAGGGUCAACGUAUCAACUAGGAAGAAUAAAUGAGGCUGCUGGCUGGCGAUUAUUUGCAAAACAUGCUUCACUUGUUGUAGACUCAAAUGAUUACUUGGAUCUCCAAGAAGUUGGGGAAAAAAUAGUUGACAAGUGUAAGGGACUUCCAUUAGCAAUAAAGUCAAUUGGUGAUCUCUUACGAGGGAAGCAGAGAAAGGAGGAAUGGGAUAAAAUUCUACAAAAUGAUAUAUGGGAGUUGUACGAAAGAAACGAAGUCAAAAUUCUUCCAGCUUUGUGGUUGAGUUAUUUUUAUCUACCUUCAGAAUUAAAGCAAUGUUUUGCUUACUGCUCUUUAUUCCCAAAAGAUUAUAAAUUCCAAAAAGAAGAGAUGAUCUUGUUAUGGAAGGCCGAAGGUCUUUUAUAUUCUAAAAUUGAAAAGAGAGUUGAAGAAGUUGGAGAAGAGUAUUUUGAAAGUCUAAUUUCGAAGUCAUUUUUCCAACCAUCAUGUGAUGACGACAAGCUAAGUUUUCUCAUGCACGACCUUAUACAUGAUUUAGCAAUAUUUAUCUCUGGUGAGUUUUGCUUAAUGUUGAAUAGCAAUAAAUCCUCUCACAAGAUUCGUCAUUUUUCAUACAUGCCGGAUUGUGAAAAAGAAUAUGACCCUAUGGAAUUUGAGGAGUUAUUAAAAGCUAAGUGCUUGCGCACCAUAUUGUGGCACCAAGAUUCAAACGUUGAUCAUCUCAGUUUGUUAAAGAUUGAGCACUUGCAUAAGUCAUUCCCAGGCUUGAGAGUACUAUCCAUAAAGGACAAGACAAUCACAAAGUUUCCUGAUUCAAUAGGAAAUUUGAAAUAUUUAAGAUAUUUGAAGUUAGAUUGUGGUGAGAUUGAAGAGAUACCCAAUUCAAUUUGUAGUAAGUUGUAUAAUUUGGAGACUCUAUUGUUGGAGGAAUGUUAUUCGAUUACUCAACUACCAACUGAUAUAGGAAAUUUAAUCAAGCUGCGACAUCUUAGAGUUCCCCCCGGUCGAUUACAAGAAAUGCCUUUGCAACUGGGUAAGCUACAAAAUCUGAAAACACUUAAUAAAUUUCUUGUGGGGAAAAAUAAAGAUUCAGGCAUUAAGCUAUUGAAAAAGCUUCAAAAUCUACAUGGGAGUCUUCGUAUUGAGGGACUACAAAAUGUUAGUAGCCUUGAGGAAAUUUCAGAAGCAGAUGCACCAUUAAAGAGUUUCAAGUUUCUUAGUCACCUACGUUUGAGUUGGGGUUAUUGCUUUGAAACUGAUUACUUGCAUAAAGAGAUACUUGGUGGUCUUGAACCUCAUCCAAACUUGAAGGAACUUGAGAUUUUCGAUUACAAAGGAACCAGUUUCCCAAAUUGGAUGGGAGAUUGUUGCUGCUUGUCUAAUUUAGUAAGGCUGGAGAUUUUAUGUUGCUCUUAUUGCAAUGUCUUUCCAUCGUUGGGACAGCUAAGUUCUCUUAAAGACCUUCGUUUUGACCGUUUAUAUGAUAUGGUUAGAAUAGGCUCAGAAUUUUAUUAUUCUACAUCAAGUACUACUACUGCUGAUUCUUCUUCUUCAUCUGUUGCAAUAACAAAGCCAUUCUUUAGAUCUUUGGAGACCUUGAAACUUGACUAUUUGCCUAAUCUAGAAGAGUGGUCAUUUGUCGAAGGUGGAGUUUUUCCUCGUCUUAAGUAUCUUCGUUUAAAGUGGUGCAGGAAACUCAAAGCAUCAUUUUUAGCAGAUUAUUUUCCGUCAUUGACAAAGCUUGAAAUAGAGGAUUGUGAUCAACUAAUAUCAUUACUCCCAAGAGCUCAACUCAUGCAGGCUUCAUUGGGUUUAAAGAACAUUGUGAUUUACAACUGUAAAAACUUGAUACACUUAGACGAGGAGGCCUUUCAGCACCUAACAUCCCUUGAGAAUUUGCGAAUUGAAUCUUGUUGGAACCUUCAAUGCUUGCCAAAAGAACUUCCCAGUUUGCUUUCUGAUCUUCAUAUCAUCAAUUGUCCAUUGCUUGAACCACGAGUCCAGAGGGAGACAGGGGAGGACUGGCCAAUUAUUGCUCACAUCCCCAAUAUAUAUGUCGAUAACAAGAAGAUCUAGUUCCUUGAUGAUGAGAAAUGAAUCAUCAACAUUAGUUGUGGGAGGGAUAGACGGUAUACUGCGUGUUCUGAACCACAACACAGGUGAAGUUGUUUCUAGAACUGUUUUGGCUGGAAGCAUUUCGAGCUCUCGAGACAAGAAUGGAGUAGUUGCGAGAACAAGAGGAGCGAGGCUUGCGGAAGAUAUUCACAUUGACAGUGUUCUGACAAUUAUUCGACCUCCCACCACUUGCUUGGCUGUUGGGAUGAAAAGGGUUGUGACCACACAUAAUACAAAGUUCAUCAGAUUGUGGAAAUUUAGCUAACUUUACAUAGAGAUUAUUCCACAAUUUAGGAAUAGUUGAACUAUGUAUUUGUAUGGUUUUUGUAAACACAUAUUGGAUAACCAAAUAUGACAACAGAUAUAAACAUAACAAAAUUGAGAUACCAAAAUUCAUGCAUGUAUUGUUGUUGAUUAUACUAAUUAAUUAAUUAUUCUUUUCACUAAUGCCACAAUCUAUGAAUUGUUGAAUAA